GAGAGUGGGAGUGAGAAGUUAGCGAGAGACGCCGCAGACGCCGCAGAUUCCGGUCUGUUACGCGUUGCCAUUUUCAUCGUCGGGAAGCGUGUCGGUUCGCGUCGUAUUUUAAUACACUGGUAGCUUAACGAAAACACUGACUUGGUUUCAGAACGAGCCAAAAUGCCAGGUUUUAGCAGUGUCGGAACAUUCAAAAUCUUCAUUGGCAAUCUUGCCGAUAAGACCUCAAACGCAGACAUAAAACCUUUGUUCGAAAAGUAUGGAAAAGUCGUGGAAUGUGAUGUCGUUAAAAACUAUGGUUUUGUGCACAUGGAGAACGAAGAGGCCGGCAGGGAUGCCAUUCAAAAGCUGAACAGCUCGCUGGUUCACGGCCAGCCGAUAAAAUGUGAGGCUGCUAAGAGCCGAAAAGGGCCAAAUACACCAACAACGAAAAUAUUCGUUGGAAAUUUAACCGAUAAUACCAAGGCUCCUCAAGUUCGCGAACUUUUCGCGAAAUUUGGAACGGUCGUCGAAUGUGAUAUUGUUCGAAAUUACGGUUUCGUACAUCUCGAGGCAACUGGUGAUGUAAACGAUGCUAUCAAGGAGCUCAAUGGUAUGAUCGUCGACGGACAGCCAAUGAAAGUACAAGUGUCAACCAGUCGGGUCAGACAGAGGCCUGGAAUGGGCGACCCCGAGCAAUGUUACCGAUGCGGACGCGGUGGACAUUGGUCAAAAGAGUGUCCAAAGGGAGGCAUGGGUGGAGGCGGUCCGGACAGAAAUGGUUUCAGGGACAGAAUGUUUGGACGAGACCCGUAUCCUCCACCACCACCACCGCCUUUCCUCAGGGACAGACUCAUGGGUGGUGGUCGCUUUGGAGUCGAGCAGGACUACGACAGCUAUUACGACAGGAGAGGAUUCGAGGACACGAGAGAUCUCUACGAAAGGCGGUUUUCGGGUAUGACAGGACCUCGUGACAUGGGCAGUAGUAGUACCAUGCGCGGACGUGAUUUCCCACCAAUGCCUCCUAUGCCUGCUGCUCUAGGUAUGGGAACCAUGCGUGACAGUGCUUUCUCACGAGGCAACGAUUACGGAAUGUUCAGCAGACGAUCGCCACCGCCAAGCGGCAAUAACGGACGUUUCAGUAGAGGCAUGUACGAGGACUUCAGUCGAGAUUCCUUCGAAGAGCGUAGCAGACCGGGAUUACGAGGGCCAUCGCCGUCGCGCCGGUUCGCACCAUACUAAAUCGCCGCGUCGGGAUAUCGGAUCGGUCUCUCGGUCUGUGUCCGUCGUCGUCGGUCAGUAUACGUCGUCGUCGUCGCCGUCGCCGCCGCCCGUCUACGCCGCCGCCGUCGUCCACUUCGUCGUCGCCGUCCUCGUCUCCCCCGUCUUGUGGCGUCUCGUCUACGCCGCCGUCUUCGCCUACGUCGUCGCCGUCGCUGUAGCAGGAAGCCUUUCGGGACCGAUGAUUAUAUUUUGGCGGCCCGUUCCCCCCUCCCCCGAUCCUCCCAGCCGCCCCUUGCUCGAAAAUAUAAUUGCGAAAAACGAAGAGAAAAAAAAAAAAGCGGCGUUACGUUGUUUUAAAACGAUAACAUGAGUCUCGGAAUCCUUCCGUUUCUUAACGCUAUUCAUUCCCGAUCGUCCGCCAAUUGGAAUUUCAAUUAACAGAAUAUUCAUACACCAUUUACUGGUUAUAUAUUUGUUAUAUAAUUUCGCGUAAACUAAUAAAAGACGCCGCCCGAGACGCGGCGUGCGCCUCCCAAAUUUGACGAAUAACGGAGAAACAGACAUGAAUGAAAUUCCAUUUCGAAACGAGGAAAACGACGACGAGGCUAUUAUCCGAUCGCCAAUAAAACACUCAUUACUUUAUUUUCAAAUAAUAACGAGGAUAAAAAUUUCAAAAUGAUCGUCACCCGCAUUGUUUUUCUUCCUUUUUGUCACACUUUCUUUCUCACUACGGCGAAGCUUUACUCGAGUCGUUAACUGACCGCAACGCUGAACGAAGAAACAAUUAUGAGAAUUUUGCUAACGAUUUAUCGUGGCUUUUUUCUGCACGGAAGUCGCGCAUGAGCGCGCGAUUAGUGACCGUUGUCGUUGUAAGUAUUUCGAUCCUCGCGCUAUCUCAUGACCGUAUUAAAAUUCAUUUUCUCAAACUUAAUCCACACGAUUAUGAUAUAAAACCACGAUCAGCCAGACUAGAUUCGUUAGAGACUCGCAUCGACGUGAUUUUUCAUCACUUUCGUUUCUAACGAAGAAAGGAGUAAAAGAAAGGAAAAAUACCCAAUGUACCAAUAUAGAUUUAGCAACGUAAUCAACUUUUUAUUAAUUUAGAGGUAAUAAUUAUCAUUCGAUAAUGAAUAAAACGAAUGGAAUAAUUAAAAUGACGAUAAUGCGAAUAUCCGAUUUCAUUGUGACGAAUUGAACCCGUAAAAGGACUUUGAAAUGUUGAAAUAACAAAAAAGAAAAGAAAGAAUGAAAAAAAAAAUCAUCUCUGUUCGGCGAAGAGAAAGAAAAACUCGUUCGACUUGUCUCAUUUAUAAAAAUAUGAAUUUCUAUGUUCUCGACCAGCAUCGAGUAGCAUGUGCAUUUUCGAAUCUUUCGUUGCUCCUAAAAACAAUUGGAAUUAAAAAAUGCAGACACCCUCAGCUUUUGUUGAUCAACACACACACACACACACACCUACACACUCCGCCGAGCUCGACUAGAAUUCGUGUUCUGAUCCACCCUUUUGAGCCCCCAUUCUAAUUAUAUCUAUAAUUAUAACCGAUUGCUGGAUAAUGUGUAAUAAACUUAACUUUAAAAAAAAAUAAGCGUGAAACAAGCAGAAACCGUAGUAAUGUAACUGUGAAAUUCGAUUGAAACAAUGAAGAAAAAAAAACAGAAGAAACAUAAAACGUCGUGUAUUUUUUCCUUCAGUGCCUGCGUGCCGUGAAUUUUCGUGCGGUUCCGCAGAACAAAAAUACGGUUCGUAACGUUGACCUUGAAAAAUCGCCCUCUCCGAACCCCUGAAACCCGAUCACUAUCAAUAUCGUUGAAAACAAGAAUAACUAUGCAUCAUCAUAUAUGAGAGAAAUAUCGGCUGCGGUUCGCUGGCUUCCUGCGUCGUACGCGCCGUGUUCCGCGCUCGUUCGCGAUUCGCGCAGACGCGUGUGUCAUGCCUGAAACAAGUUUUUCUUUUAUCUGUUUGUCGUGUGUGCAACACAAAAAAACGGAUGGCUUUGUAUAUCACAUUUGUUAAAGAUAUUUUUAACCUGUGCGCAAUGCCAAAAAGACGAAAACCGUUUCACGUCUUCAAUCAUCUUGUUUUUCUUCAUUAUUUCUGCAGUACAGUCUAAAUUUUGUGGGUAUCUCAAGUAAUUUCAUUCACAGUAACGAAAAAAGAUCCGAAAAUUAGAUUCUCACAGUGGGUAGAAUUCACUGAUCGAUAUUCCAGGGUAGUUUGAAAUAUCAAUAAAUUUUGCUCCGCUGGAACAACUUGUUCAAUUUGAUGUGCCAAAGUGACGCAAUCAUUUUUGAAAAAUGAGAAAUAACGGAAGGAAAAAAGAAUUUCAAUAGCAAGGACAGGACUGUACUGCAUUUUUUCUCUUCAUUACUAAUACAGAGUAUCAAAAUCCCAUUUUCUGAGUGACCAUUUUUAUUAUAACUUGAUAUUAUAAUGUACACCAUAUUUUUUGGUUAUGUUUCGUCCUCGUGCCAUUCGAAAAGGUUCUUGAAAAAUAAAAAAAUAAAACGAAGAAUA